ACUUUCAACUAUUUAUUCAAGCAACUAAAACCGAUGCUAAAUCAUCUCCUUUUAAUGAAAUUUUCAUUUAUUGGCCAAUGAUAACAAGAUAAGUCGCUUCAUUUAGUAGAAUUUUUAGCGUUGUUAUUGCGAGCGAUGAUUUUUAAUGAAAUCGACGUAAAUAUGCCUGGCUUAGAGAAUGUGUUUGAGCCAUCAACGUCUACCAUCUCAAGCUUUAUAUAUCAUGACGUCGAGCAUGAUCGCGUGAAUAAACAUGACGUCAUAGGCCACGAGAUGGUUAAAGAAGACGACAGUCCGUUGAGAAUGGAAAUACAGCAGUCAAUGGAGGCCGACGUGAACAAAGACUACAUAUACGACUUUGGAAAUGAAAAUAAUAAAAUGAAAUCGUCUGACCAUGAUGAUGCAGAAAAGAGACGCGUGAGACGAGAAAGAAACAAACUUGCUGCUUCAAAAUGUAGAAAAAAACGUAAAGAUCACGUACGAAGUCUCGUUGAGUCUUACGAAUAUCUUGAAGUUUGUAACAAGAAUUUGGAAACGGAGAUUGAGAAAUUACGUUGUGAAAUAACAGAAUUGGAGAAAAUACUGGAUAAUCAUCCAUGUAACCGUGUUCUAUAUCAGGAUAGUUCAAACAACAUUUUACACUGAGAUGUCAUCAUGUAAAUCAUUGGUCAUGCAAAAUGAAAAUUCUCGAAAAAUGUUUACUUUGUCAUUCAUCACACAUCAAAAGUAUUUUAAAUUUUCAUUGUAUGUCGUUAAACUUCAUAAAAACUUAUGUAAUUUUAAUUGCGGUCUGCCAUCAUUGCUCCCUGUAUAUCUGAGGUAUUUUUAUAUUAAGAAUAACUCUCUACUUCUUCA